AUGCCAAAUCAUCCAGCUGUAACUGGAGCUGUUGUAGUGGCGAGUAUUGCCGUUGCGGCUGCAAUUGCGAUCUACGAGUCCCCUCAGGUUAGAAGAUUUGCUGACGAUGUACGCCGAAAGAUUGCAAUUAAACUUCAUGCCCUUGGUGAUGAUAUCAGUCCUACACCAGCUGCUGAUCAACCCCGGUUUAAUCGCCCCGAAGACGCUGAAGGAUUUCUCCAAAGCCAGCCAGGAACUACGAGUGAUGAGGGCUCACAACGCCGCCAACGAGAUGAACUAAUGUUUUGGAAUGCAAUGCAUGUUUUAAACGAGCCACAGCAAGCCCAGAUCUGCGGCCAUGAUAAAUUCAUUCAGCAAGGUCUAAACACAACAAGAGAAAAUACUAUUUACAAUAGUGGUGCGGAAGUAGCGCCUAUAAUGACACAGGGGCUGCACAAUCGAAGCUUACGAGAUUCUUUUCGUGAUGGCUCCGUUUAUGCUAACCCCUUCAGUGAUGAUCAUAAUAUAGAAGCCGACAGUUUCACUGCAAUAGAAGUAACCCUAAAUUCGCCUGAAAAAGCAGAAAGAAACGGAGCUAAUUCGAAUUUCGUCACUCCUUCUGAGGGCAUCUCUGAUCUAGUCUCUGAUCCAGGUACUUCCUGUCCCUGGAUGGAGUCGCGGGAGCCCAGCCCUAGGCUCCGCGAUACUUUCGGUAAUCCUCUGGAAGAGACUAUAUCUUAUGAUAGCAUCCAUGCAUGGGCAGAAAUUUCGAAUUCAAAUUUGAAUAAAGGCCCGGCUACUCAUCUAGCUGCUACUUCGCCCAUAUUGAAAAAUACAACCAGACCUAGCUCUCCUACAUUUAGUGACCCCGAAAUAUCGAUUCCAGAUAUCGAAAAUGUUAUAGAUCUAUCAGAUAGUAUGCUAAAGCAACCCUCAACCGAGUUAACUGAGGAUAAAAAUUUCAAUGGGUACUCCAGCGAUGAAUGUAACAGCUCAAAGACAUGGACUAAAGUUGGAAGUUAA